AUGGUCAUGGAGUCCGAGCCACAGCCUGGUAAUGGUCAUGAACCUCACAAUACCACAAGUCAGCAACAAAAACUCCAGUGUGAUGACCAAACACCGAGUAGUGCUGAUGAAGCAGAGCUUCUAUGGAACCUGAGAAAGUACUUAAUCCUGCUGGCAACUUUAUCAGCCACUAUCACCUACCAGGCGGGGCUGGCACAACCGGGUGGUCUCUGGCCAGAUAACCAGCAAGGCUACCUUGCCAGUGACGUUGUCAUGUUUCUUAGCCGCACCAAGCGGUACAGGAUGUUCUUCUACUGCAACACAACAGCAUUCAUUACAUCACUCAUUGUUCUGAUCCUGCUCCUGGUCAGGGAGCUGAGAUGGAAUGCAAUUUGGCUCCGUUCGCUGCAGUUUGCGCUGCUGCUUGACCUGCUCGGACUUGUGGGGGCCUAUGCUGCCGGGAACCGCAGGGAGGUCAGAACAUUCGUUUAUAUCUGGGUAUUACUUGUUGGCAUCUUCACAUAUGUCGGACUUCAUGUAGUAUUCUUCCGGCAUCUAGCUCCUGAAUGGCUUGGAGAAGUAUUCAGGGACAUCCAGAGGUUCUGGGAGGACUCUGCAGCACACAUUUUCAACAGAAGGCGGAACAUAAAACAUGAGCUAGAUGCUCCUAUCCAAGAUGAAAAGGAGGCACUGGAGCAGAAUCGCGGUUUCUUGCUGGUUGCCGCUACAUUGGCAGCAAUAAAGACAUAUACUGCAGGGCUCAGUCCACCAGGUGGCAGAUCUUACUGGGAUGAUAACAAGGAUAGCCACAUUGCUGGUGACCUGGUGCUUCGAGACCAAUACCCUCUCGGCUUCAACGCGUUUAUGUUCUUCGAUAAAACUGCCUUUUCUGGAUCCUUUGUCAUCAUCAUCAUGCUUCUCAGUAAAACAGGAGUGAAUUACAUUGCCAUGUCAAAUGUACUUCGGUUGUGGAUUCUGAUCAGUCUUAUGGCUACUUAUGCCGUAGGGAGUCGCAGGAAAAUCCAUACAUCUAUCUUUGUGUUCUCACUUUUCGGUGCAGUCCUGCUCUACCUCAUCAUUCAAUGGGUUGCUCGUAUAAUGCCUAAGCCAGAAUUUAUCAGGAAGUGCAUCAAGUGGAUGGAAGGAGAGCAGAAAAAGCUGGUCUUGAAGCUAAACUCCUUUAUGGAUAGUUGUAGCAGAUCCAAUGGGCGGGUGCCACGAUUACAGUAUGAUGGACAACAUUCAUGCAGAAAUGGCGCAUCAAGCACUGUUAAUAAUGUGAAAGAUGACUUGGGGAAGUUGCAGACAUACCUUUUAUGGUUUGCCAUCCUUGCUGCAACUAUUACAUACCAAGCUGGGUUGCAUCCCCCCGGUGGGUUUUGGCCACGCAGUCGAGAUCCAAUCCUCGAGGUCAUCAAUCCCAUUCGGUACAAAGCAUUCUACUACUGCAACACCACUGCAUUUUUGUCAUCAUUGGUUAUCAUCAUGCUACUCCAGAGCCAGCUGAUCACCAUAGGCGCCAUGAAAUGA